AUGGACGGGAAUAACCACCGCUCCAAGCGCCGUCGACUGGACCGGUCUCCAAGCCGCGAAAAUGGCUACAUCCAGUCACCCGUGGAGUCUUCAUCGGACGAACUCGCCGCGGGCUCCGAUCACGACGAGGCCGAACGGCGUCGCGCAAGCUGGUCCUUACAGAAAGCAUUGCCCCCAAAGCGCCCAAAUACACGCCUGCGCAGUUUCAGCGGCUCGGAAAGCCCAGAUGAGCUGGCAGUCGACGCUGAUGUGUAUUGGCGCUCCCGCAACCGGGGCCGCAGUUCGUCACCCUCCAACGUGAGCGCCGCGGGGCCGUCAUCAGAACACUACCAAGAUGAGGAGGAAGUCGAUGCCGAUCUGGACGACAACGAGUCCCCUGGGGAAGGGGAUGCAGAGCCCGAGCAAGCAUAUUCCGAUCGGUCGCCCACGCCUGUGCCUCCGCCUCCGCCGCCGCCGCCGCCCAAACCGGACAAGAUCAAUUACCGGCAAAAGUUUUUGUUGCGAGGUCACUUACGGGGGGUUUCCACCGUGAGGUUCUCGCCUGACUCAUCUAUGAUUGCUAGUGGCGGUGCCGACGGAGCUGUCAAGGUGUGGGAUACGUUGACCGGAAAGCUGGUGCAUACGUUCGAGGGCCAUCUGGCAGGAAUAUCGACAAUCUCCUGGAGCCCGGAUGGGGCUAUCAUUGCGUCUGGGUCGGAUGACAAGACGAUCCGCCUCUGGAAUGUGCUGACGGGCAAAGCGCAUUCGAUCCCUUUCGUUGGCCACCAUAACUACGUCUACCAGAUUGCCUUCUCGCCCAAGGGCAACAUGCUGGUCAGCGGUUCUUACGACGAAGCGGUCUUCCUCUGGGACGUGCGCUCCGCGACGGUGAUGCGUUCCCUCCCCGCGCAUUCCGACCCCGUCGGCGGGAUCGACGUCGUCUGGGACGGCACCCUUAUCGCAUCCUGCGCGACCGACGGGCUGAUUCGAAUCUGGGACACGGCAACGGGCCAGUGUCUGCGCACGCUGGUCCACGAGGACAACCCACCGGUCACGUCGGUCAAAUUCUCCCCCAAUGGCAAGUUUGUCCUGGCCUGGUCGCUGGACGACUGCGUACGGCUGUGGAACUACGUGGAAGGACGCUGUAUCAAGACCUACCAGGGACACGUCAACCGGAAAUACAGUCUGGCGGGCGGGUUCGGCACAUACGGAGUGCGUGGCGCACCGCCCCAUGCGUUCGCUGUCAGCGGGAGCGAAGACGGCGCUGUUCUAUGCUGGGACGUAGUGAGCAAGAAGACCUUGCAGCGGAUCGAAGGGCAUACAGGAGUGGUACUGGGCGUUGACACUUGCACGCUGGGCGACAAGCGGUUAAUGGUGAGCUGUGGAAUCGACCAGACGAUACGGGUGUACGAGGAGGUCGACGAAGACGACGACGACGAAAUGAACACCGACGCGAAAGAAUCUCCCCCAGCGAUCAACGGGGCUGAGCCAAAUGGAGCCGAGUCAAAUACAACUGAGCCAAACGGAACCGAACCAAAUGGGAUUCUGCCAAACGGGAUAACGCAGGAUGGAGCAGAAGGAGGACACGAGCAGCAGCAUACCGGAGAUACCCAAGAACCCCAGGAUACGGAGAUGGCAGAUGCCGACGCCGGUCCAGAGGGAUGA